CACCUAUUCAAAGAUUUCUGAGUCCAAAAACACACUCUCUAGAGCUAAAAAUCUUCUGAAACCUCUCAACAAAAUUCACGAAACGAAGACGCUGAAAACAGAGACGAGAAAAACGAAAACGCAUUCGGAGGGAACGAAUACUACUGCUACGGAAGUGUCAGAAAGGGUUUCAUCUACUGCUUCUCGUAUGACGCUACAAAGUGGUUGUGAAAGGAAGAGGAAGCGAAGAGACGGCAUUAACGUGGCCGAGACUCUCGCAAAGUGGAAGCAAUAUAAUGCCUUUAUUGAAUCCUGUGAUGGUGAGAAUAAACAGGUGCGGAAAGUCCCUGCUAAGGGCUCGAAGAAGGGCUGUAUGAAAGGCAAGGGAGGGCCGGACAAUGCAGGGUGUAAUUAUAGAGGUGUAAGGCAGAGGACUUGGGGCAAGUGGGUUGCGGAGAUAAGGGAGCCAAACAGGGGUAAGAGGUUGUGGCUUGGUACUUUUCCCACUGCAGUUGAAGCUGCUCUUGCUUAUGAUGAAGCUGCCAGGGCAAUGUAUGGUUCUGGUGCGAGACUUAAUUUGCCAGACCAUUCUAACUUGAAUGAGUAUUCAAAGGAUUCUGAAUCCACGACAACAUCUAGCUGGUCCGAGAUUGAGGAUUCUAAGUUGAAGAAUGAUGGUAGGGAAGCUGAAUCUAGAAUCAAUACUGAGCCCGAAGCCAAAUUCUCAAGUAGUCCAGAGAAACCACCGAAAACCAAAGAGGAGCCUGUGGAUGAUGAACUGUAUGAUAGGAAGCCAGAAGUGAGAGAUGAGGCUGCUUUGGGUGCUACUUGUGCCUCUCAACCAGAAGUUAAGGAGCAGUUUAUGAAUCUAGCGGACGACAGUUGGAUAGAUGCAGAAGAAUGGCAAAAAAAUUUGUCAAUGGAUGAGAUGUUUGAUGUGAAUGAUCUGCUGAAUAUGAUAGAUAGUAAUCCUCUUUGCACCCUAGAACAAAAGGAUGAGUUGAGUUUUGACACUCAAAAUCAACUAGGACUACUUGACUAUGGCCAUAUGCUGUAUGACAAACCAUCAGAUUUGUCCCAGCUGCCAAAUCAAUAUGGGGAUUUGUCUUUGCAUACAGAGCAGGGGGCUUCAGAUUAUGGCCUUCAAUUCCUGAAACAAGAGGAUGGCAAUGACUUUGGGUUCUGAGGAGUGAGGACAUCCCAGCUUGGAUAUUGCAGCAGAUCAAGAUCAAAUAUCUGUGUUGUUCAUCCGUGAUUAAUAAGUCUUUAAUAGGUCUUGUCCAAGAUGAACUGAAGAUGGUUUCUGCUAUUUAAACAUGUUCCUCAGAAUGAAUUGUUACUGAGUUAAUUCUGAACUGACUACUUAAUGGGCUUAUUCUCUAUAGGUUUUUAGAUUAGAGAAUUGAGCAGAUAUAUUUGUUUCUGCACCAUCAUUGAUGCCUUGAUGGGGUUGGAGAGUGUACUUAUAUUAGUUAUUAACGGUUGAGAUACAAAUUCUUUGUUGUAGAUAUACUCAAAAGUACUCAGUUUGUGCUGUAAUCUUUCUAAAUAGUUAAAAGAUUUCAAUAUAUUUUGUACCGGACAGGAAUUUUGAGUU